AAACAAUAGUCACCAAGAACACCAAUAUAAAAGAAGCUCCCCAAAGCCAGGAAAUGAUAGACACAAAAGAAGAGUCAGAUAUAAAGCAGCCUUAUACAAAAACAGACAAAGGCAAAAACAUCAUUAACCAAGAAUACAGCUUCAUAGACAAAGAUCAAUCAAUCAAAAAAAAAGAUACUACCACUACAAAACAUAUCAGACUUGCAAAAUCGUUAUAG